GACAACCACCUUCUCUCUAAGUACGAACGACUCGCAUCUUCAGCAACAUUUAGCGACUUCCCAUCAUUCAAGCUCAUCAGAUCAGUCUUCCAAUGAUCCCCACAGUUUGUACAGAGGCGAUCGCAACUCAACUUGCGGAGUUUCUGCAUUUACCACCAUGUCUUCCGGGUCUGGACUCAGUGUUACUGGGGCAAGUGAGCUUUCCGGGCAAGUAAGAGGAAUGAAUUUGGGACCAGUCAGGCCAGGGUCAUGGUCCCUGCGAAGUCAGGCCUCGUUGGGUCCUCGUUCAUUGGGAUAGACCAACGAACAAUGUUGACCGUUUUCACUGGUCAUCGCCACCAGGCACACUUCGAGUUUAACAUUGAUCGCUUCCUCCGCUCCCUUUCGCUCCCCCGAGGCUCCCCCGAUCGUCCCCAUCCAUGCUUAAUGAACGCCAUAUAUCUCUUCGCCAGUCAUUUUUCGCGGUCAAGCCACCUGUCGGUGCAUGAUGGUAUCUUCCUAGCCCGCUCUCGGGCAGGCAUUACGGCAGCUUUGCAAACGAAGGAUCGUAUUCUGCACGCUAUUCAGGCGGCGUGCAUCGUGUCCUUCUAUCUUUUCUUCAAAGGGAAAGUGCUUGAAGGAUACUGGAUGAGCGGUGCCACAUGCAGGAUGGCAAUCGCGUGCGGCUUGCACCAAAUUAAGGCCGCUGUAUCAUCUGACCUUGCCGCGCCAUCUACCGGAGCAUCGCCUAUUGUGAACACGGGAACUAAGAUGAUUGUGCUUCCGGAACCCAAAAAUAAUAUUGAAUUGGGAGAGCGCAUUCACACGUUCUGGCAAGUUUGGUGUGUGGAUAAGUAUGGUGUUUUGUCAACAGGUUUUGCACCCAGCUUGGUUGAUACUCCCGACAUCCCUCUUCUGAAGAUCAAGACGUGCUGGCCUCCAGCGAUGCGCGCCUUCAUCAACGAGUCAAUAUCCUCCAUCCAAUACAAGGUGAUGGAACUUUGGGUCCGAGCAGCCAAUCUCCGGCGGCAAGGCCCAAGUCGAUCCGACUUUCCUAAGCACUUUAGAGAAAUUGAGGCUGCGCUGACCCGAGUUGAACGGAUGAUUCCGCCGUUGAGCUACUAUGAAGAUGGUGAUACUCCACCAACUGAAUCCAUGCCGAUUCAUACUCGAAUGAUUUUACCUCAUGCUAUGAUUCACGCGACGAAGAUCAAUCUUCAUACUACAUUAUCAAACCACGACAGCCGCUCCUACGAUAAGGCACUAGCGGCGGCGAAUGAGAUCAUGAAUAUUCUAGAGGGUAUAACACAUUAUGAUUUCAAUUAUUUAGAAGUUGUGCUAGCUGUUUGCUUUAAGCAUGCAUCGGAAACCUUCAUGAGUCACAUUGAACGGCUGCAACGGCGGAAUGAUCCUGACCACAUUCAGGCCAUUCAGACAUAUCAGAAUCAGGCGGACGCAACUACUAUGGCAAUGAAACGAAUCUGUCAUCUAUAUGCUGCAACCGGUGAGCCCCACAUCGCAGGCCACUGAUCGAGCGGUUAAUAAUCAAUGCAUUCAGUUGUUGCUGGUUGGUCCUCGAUGUAGAGCAUGUAAGGAUGAUGCACCUGUUCUUAUCCGG